CAGUUUUAUUUGCAAAGCCUCUUUCACCUUGUAGCUGAAGAUCCCGACGUACUCACUCUGUGAGUGAGAAAUUGAUGUAUACGGCUUCCAGUUUAUCUCUGAUUUUGAACAGGACAUGCAAUAUGCAGAUUGGGCAGAUAAUUUUCAAACUAAUCCUUGGACUUUCCAUAAACAGCUUUUUUUUUGCUACAUUUGUCACAGUUUCUAUUAUGUGCAGGAUUGCAUAUUCAUUCAGAAUUACUUCAUUUAAGCUUGCUAUUGCGACAUCUGGUUAAUGGGGAAGUGAUUACCCUGUAGACUAUGACAACAGGAUAUGUGAAUGAAGGAGGUCAUGGAAAACACCGCUGUUCCAGGUGGAAUCAUGAGGAUAGCGGAGAAGAUGAUGGGCACCCGGAGUUCUAUGGAGGAGAUGAAGAGAACAGGCAGCACAGGCUGACCCCAUUUGAGAAACUAAUGCAGGAUAUGUCUCACAAUGAAAAAGUGGUGAAAGAAUUAACCCUGGGAAAGAGAAUUGCCUUCUAUCGAGUCAGAGGAGAAAUAGGAAGUGGGAAUUUCUCACAAGUGAAGCUUGGAAUUCAUUCCCUAACUAAAGAGAAAGUUGCAAUUAAGAUUUUAGACAAGACAAAGCUAGACCGGAAGACUCAGCGUUUGCUGUCUCAUGAGAUAUCCAGCAUGGAGAAGCUGCACCACCCAAAUAUCAUCAGGCUGUAUGAAGUGGUGGAGACACUCUCAAAACUGCACCUGGUGAUGGAGUAUGCAGCAGGUGGGGAGCUCUUCACUAAAAUCAGUACAGAAGGAAAGCUGCUAGAAACGGAGUGUAAAAUAAUCUUCUCCCAGAUUGUGUCUGCUGUGAAGCACAUGCAUGACAAUAAUAUAAUUCACCGGGACCUGAAAGCAGAAAACGUCUUCUACGCCAGUAACACCUGUGUUAAGGUGGGAGACUUUGGAUUCAGCACAAUAAGUAAAAGAGAUGAAACUUUAAAAACCUUCUGUGGCUCUCCUCCUUAUGCUGCUCCUGAACUCUUCCGAGAUGAAAACUAUAUAGGCAUCUAUGUGGACAUCUGGGCACUAGGAAUCCUACUAUACUUCAUGAUGACGGGUAGCAUGCCAUUUCGGGCAGAUACUGUAGGCAAACUGAAGAAGUGCAUUCUUGAAGGGACAUACACUUUGCCUCCCUGCCUCUCAGAAAAUUGCCAGAAACUGAUAAAAGGAGUCCUUCAGCCCAUACCAACCAAGCGAUACUCCGUCAAACUGAUUAUGAACAGCGAAUGGAUGCAAGGCAUACAGUUUCCCAAACCUUUACAGACAUUUAAACUGGAUCCUAAGUAUUUAUCAGACAUCAGUACACUCAAAGAAGAAGAAAUUGAAGUGAAAAAUAUUCUGGAAGAUCUGGGAAUCACAGAGCAGCACAUUCAAAAUAACCGGGGAAGAGAUGCACGCAGCUCAAUAACAGGGGUCUACAGGAUUGUGCUGCACAGAGUACAGAAGAAAAGGGCACUUGAAUCUGUUCCUAUCAUGUCCCACCCAGAUCCCACAGAACAAGACCUGAGGAAAGCAAUCCAUUCUUACAGUGGGAUUAAGCACACAUCCAAGCUGUGUUCUAUUUUAUAAAUUUGCACUGCAGACUUUAUACUCAGCACAUUUGACAGAGGGGAUUAUUCACUUUUCAAAGGGGAUUAUUGAUUUUUCCUAAAUUCUGGUGUUACAUUUUUUUAUUUGUAAUUUGAAUAAACCAAAAAUGCCUCCU